AUGGCCCAGGUCAGCAUCAACAGCGACCUCAGCGAGUGGGGCUUCAGCUCGGAUGCCGGGGAGCGGGCCCGGCUGCUGCAGAGCCCCUGCGUGGAGCCGGACCCGAAGAGCGAGGGGGAGGCCUCUCCCGAGAGCCUGAGCAGAGGCACCACGUCCACGUUUGGGGCCGUCUUCAUCGUGGUCAACGCCUGCCUGGGGGCAGGAUUGCUCAACUUCCCAGCAGCCUUCAGCACCGCCGGGGGCGUGGCAGCGGGCAUCAGCCUGCAGAUGGGCAUGCUGGUCUUCAUCAUCAGCGGCCUCGUCAUCCUCGCCUACUGCUCCCAGGCCAGCAACGAGCGGACCUACCAGGAGGUGGUGUGGGCCGUGUGCGGCCGGCUGACGGGCGUGCUGUGCGAGGUGACCAUCGCCGUCUACACCUUCGGCACCUGCAUCGCCUUCCUCAUCAUCAUUGGGGACCAGCAGGACAAGAUUAUCGCCGUGUUGGCCAAGGAGCCCGAGGGGGCCAGUGGCAGCCCCUGGUACACAGACCGCAAGUUUACCAUCAGCCUCACCGCCUUCCUCUUCAUCCUGCCCCUCUCCAUCCCCAGGGAGAUCGGCUUCCAGAAAUAUGCCAGCUUCCUGAGCGUCGUGGGCACCUGGUACGUCACCGCCAUCGUCAUCAUCAAGUACAUCUGGCCGGAUAAGGAGAUGACCCCGGGGGACAUCCUGACCAGGCCGGCUUCCUGGAUGGCCGUGUUCAACGCCAUGCCCACCAUCUGCUUUGGAUUUCAGUGCCACGUGAGCAGCGUGCCCAUCUUCAACAGCAUGCGGCAGCCCGAGGUGAAGACGUGGGGCGGGGUGGUGACGGCCGCCAUGGUCAUCGCCCUCGCCGUGUACAUGGGCACAGGCAUCUGCGGCUUCCUGACCUUCGGCGCGUCUGUGGACCCCGACGUGCUCCUGUCCUACCCCUCCAACGACGUGGCCGUGGCCGUGGCCCGCGCCUUCAUCAUCCUGAGCGUGCUCACCUCCUACUCCAUCCUGCACUUCUGUGGCCGGGCGGUGGUCGAAGGCCUGUGGCUGCGCUACCAGGAGGUGCCCGUGGAGGAGGACGUGGGCCGGGAGCGGCGGCGGCGAGUGCUGCAGACGGUGGUGUGGUUCCUGCUCACCCUGCUGCUGGCGCUCUUCAUCCCCGACAUCGGCAAGGUCAUCGCGGUCAUCGGAGGCCUGGCCGCCUGCUUCAUCUUCGUCUUCCCAGGGCUGUGCCUCAUCCAAGCCAAGCUCUCCGAGAUGGAGGAGGUCAAGCCAGCCAGCUGGUGGGCGCUGGUCAGUUACGGAGUCCUCUUGGUCACCCUGGGAGCCUUCAUCUUCGGCCAGACCACUGCCAACGCCGUGUUCGUGGACCUGUGGGCGUGA